ACGGGGCUGUUUAUUUCGCCAGAUUUGAAAGGGCCUUCCCUGCUGGACGUUGGCCGAAGAGCGAGGGAGGCCAUGCUGGAGAAUGAGGGGAACGUGGCCUCUCUGGCACUACCGCUUCCCAAGACUAGCCUUGUCCCAAGUGCAGAGCAAGUGGAAGAGCCCAGGCCACCACAAUAUCAGAUCUCAGAUGAAACAGGGGCUGCCAUUUCGGACACCAGCUCAGCAGGUAACUUGAGGAGGAAACACUUUUGCCCAGAGUGUGGCCAAUGCUUUGCCUUCAGAUUGGCUCUUGCUACACACCAGAGAAUCCACACAGGGGAGAAGAUGCAGGAAAACUCUGAGAGCGAAGAAUGUUUAGGUCAGAGUUUGGAGAUUGCGAGCCAUUCGAAAACCCCUAAGUCUUCGGAGUUCGGGAAGGUUCUUGCUCAUCAGCCCAUCGUUCUGAUCCAAAGGAACAUCCAUGCAGGAGGAGAUAACUCAUAUCGCUGCUUGGAGUGUGGGGAAGGUUUCUCCCAACUCUCAGAUUUUGUGAUACAUGAAGCAGGCCACACGAGAGAGAAGCCCCACAAAAAUGGCCAGAGUAGGAACGGGUUCCCCGAGAGAUCACAAAUUCGUGGGCACCGUAAAGUCCACACAGGAGAGAAGCCCCACAAAUGCAGGGUGUGUGGGUUAUGUUUUUCUGUUAGGUCUAAACUUGUUACCCAUCAGCGAACCCACACUGGAGAAAAACCCUAUCAAUGCCCGGAGUGUGGGAAAUCAUUUGCUGACAAGUCAGUCCUUGUUGUCCAUCAGAGACUCCACACAGGAGAAAGGCCCCAUAAGUGCCUGGAGUGUGGAAAAUGUUUCCCCUCAAAAAAAAGUCACAAGCGACACCAGAAAAUCCACACAGGAGAGAAGCCCUAUGAAUGUAGAGAGUGUGGGAAAUGUUUUCAUGGGAAAGGUGACCUUCUGAGACAUCAGGCUGUUCACACUGGAGAAAGGCCUCAUAAAUGUGGAGAGUGUGGAAAAAGUUUUAGUGUACCAGCUCAACUUGCAAUCCACCAGAGAAUCCAUACGGGAGAGAAACCCUACAAAUGCAUGGAAUGUGGGAAAUGUUUUUACCAGAAACAACAGCUCAAGAUGCAUGAAAAAAUCCACAGUGGGGAGAAGCCCUACAAAUGCCCGGAGUGUGGGAAAUCAUUUGCUCACAAGUCAGGCCUUGUGGUCCAUCAGAGGCUCCACACAGGAGAGAAGCCCUAUGAAUGCUGGGAGUGUGGGAAAUGUUUUCCUCAAAACGCACAGCUUUGGAGCCAUCGUUUGGUUCACACAGGGGAGAAACGGUAUAAAUGCUUGGAAUGUGGAAAAACGUUUACUUGCAGUUCCCACCUUAAAAUCCAUCAGAGAACCCACACAGGAGAAAGGCCCCAUAACUGCCUGGAGUGUGGAAAAUGUUUCCCCUCAAAAGGAAGUCUCAGGCGACACCAGAGAAUCCACACAGGAGAGAAGCCCUAUGAAUGUAGAGAGUGUGGGAAAUGUUUUCAUGAGAAAGCUGAGCUUCUGACCCAUCAGACUGUUCACACCGGGGAGAGGCCCCGUAAAUGUGCAGAGUGUGGGAAAAGCUUUAUUUCAAAAUCACAUCUUGCAAUCCACCAGAGAAUCCAUACGGGAGAGAAACCCUACAAAUGCAUGGAAUGUGGAAAAUGCUUUUCCCAGAAACAACACCUCCAGGUGCAUGAAAAAAUCCACACUGGGGAGAAACCCUACAAGUGCAUGGAGUGUGGAAAAUGUUUUAGCCACAAAUCACACCUUCAUGUACACCAGAGAAUCCACACAGGAGUGCGGCCAUAUGAAUGUGGAGAGUGUGGGAAAUGUUUUUCUGUUUCAUCAGCCCUUACUAGUCAUAGGAGAGUCCACACAGGAGAAAAGCCACAUAAAUGUUUAGACUGUGGAAUGUCAUUUACUAUAGCACAAAGCCUUAGGGGGCACCAGAGAACCCACACAGGAGAGAAACCCUAUAAAUGCUUGGAGUGUGGAGAAUGUUUUUCAAGGAAAGACACCCUUGUGGUCCAUCAGAGAACCCACACAGGAGAGAAACCCUAUAAAUGCUUGGAGUGUGGGAAAUCAUUUUCUCAGAAGUUAUGCCUUGUGACCCAUCAGAGGAUCCACACAGGAGAGAAACCUUACAAGUGCUUGGAGUGUGGGAAAUGUUUUUUUCAGUCAGCACAUCUUCACAGACACCAGAAAGUCCACACAGGAGGAAAGCUUCCCAAUGUGUAGAGUGUGGGAAAUGUUUUUCACAGAGUGGAAACCUUCAAAGACUCCAUGUGGAAUAAAGAGCAUAUAAAUGUUGGGAGUGCGGGGAAUGUUUUGAUCAGCAGUCAGCCCUCGUGGCACACCAGAGUGUCCACACAAAAAGGAGGAUGUACAGAUGUCAGGAGUGUGGGAAAUGCUUUGUAAGGAAAUGAAUCUUUUAUCAACAUUGGCG